AUGAAUAUCGACAAUAAUAGUCAAGAAACAUUGAAAGCUCCCAAUGAAGAUAUUCAAGAUCGUCCGAAUGAAAUACUUUCAUCAAUACACAUAUUCACACCGCAACAACAACAACGUCUCUAUCAAGAUGAGCUAUGUGCAAUAUCCUCAGGAAUAAACUCUCCUGAGACUGAUCAAUAUCAUGAAAGUUAUUCACAGCAACAAGUCAACGAUUACGAGACAAGGUCAGAUGGUGAUAUUAAAUGGUUAGAAGAUGAUUAUAAAGAGCAUAUAAAACAAAUUGAACAUGUUCAAGAAUUAAAAGAAGAAGAGAAACAACAAUGUGAAUUAAAACUAUCCAAACAGUUAGACGAUACAGAACAAUGGGAAGCAAUGCUUUUACAAAAUCUAAUAACACUUUCUGAAAAACAAUCGAAUCAGGAUUUAUAUCAACCACAACAAGAAAAUAAUUCUUUUGAAUAUCUCAAAUACAUGUCACGUCAUAGUAAAAGAAAAUAA